AUGCUGAUUUCCAAGUUGUUAGUGUCGUUCAUAUUCGUCAGUGUUGUAGCUACUGAAAAAAAAAUAAUCUGCUACUACGGUACCUGGGCGACGUACAGAAAUGGACUGGGUAAAUUCGAUGUAGCCCAUAUUAAGGCCGAAUUAUGUACACACUUGGUGUACACCUUUGCUGGCAUCAACUCCCAAGGGACUGUGGUCUCUCUAGAUCCAUACCUUGAUUUGCCAGAUAACUGGGGAAGAAAUAAUUUUCGCAAUUUCAACGCACUGAAACAAAAGAACACGAAGUUGAAAACUAUUUUGGCGGUCGGCGGCUGGAAUGAAGGCUCCGCAAAAUAUUCGAUUAUGGCUGCAAACGAGAACCUGCGCAGUAACUUCAUAAGCAGUGCCGUCCACAUGCUCCUAACUUACGGCUUCGACGGUCUAGACCUGGAUUGGGAGUACCCGAACCGAAGGGAUUCAGUCCACGGCAAAGCUGAUGUCGAUAACUUUACUAAACUCCUGAAAGAGCUGAGGACUGGGUUCGACAAAUAUGGUCUUUUGCUGAGCGCGGCUGUUGCCUCUACAAGGGAUACCGCAUCUUUGUCUUACGAUAUACCAGCGCUUGCGCAGUAUCUAGAUAUAGUUGGGCUAAUGACAUACGAUAUGUAUGGGCCAUGGGACUCAGUGACGGGUCACAAUUCCCCCCUACAUAAGGGAGAGGGGGAUGGCAAUGUGCCAAAGGAAUCACUUAACACCGUAGACGUUGCAGUACAGUACUGGCUGUCGCAAGGUUUCCCAGCAGAGAAGUUAGUAAUUGGUCUUCCAUUUUAUGGCCACACAUACAACUUGGCAAACCAAAAUAAAAGUUCUGUUCGUUCGCCGUCAUAUGGACCUGGCAUUGCAGGUCCUUAUACUGUUACUAAUGGGAAUAUCGGAUAUAAUGAGUUCUGUGACCUCCUUCUCACACAAACAUGGGACCUACGUUUUGACAAUUUAGCGAAAGUGCCUUACGCCGUCCAAAACAGAAAUUGGGUGUCGUAUGAUGACGCAGCGUCACUCUCUGCUAAGACCAAAUAUGCUCUGAACUUAAACCUCGCUGGAGUCAUGGUCUGGAGUAUUGAGACCGACGAUUUUCAUGGGCUGUGCCACGGAGAAGAUUUUCCACUACUCAGAGGAAUAAAUCGCGCAUUUUCAAACGGUUCAACGCCAAGUACAACUCCGAGUUCCGGUUCUAACACUACUACGACUACUACUAGUACACAGAGUUCUACUACGACAGUACCAACAACAACACCUUCAAAAUUCACCUGCCCAGCGCUCGGAUGGUUUCCAGACCCAGACAGCUGUAGGUCUUACUACGUGUGUACUUUGAACGAAGAUGGAUCAUUCAGGCCAAAUUAUUUCCUAUGUCCUAGUAAGCUGUACUGGGAUCAAUCGAAAAUGGUUUGCAAUUAUCCUUCUCUUGUCAAUUGUGACUUAUAA